GAUAAGGGGCUGGCAAAAUCCUUGUAACCUCAGAAAGCAGAAGCUGAGCAGCAGCAGAUCCCUGCAGAGAACUGACUGACCCUGGGAUAAAGCAGGACAUACAGGAUGGAACCCAACAGUCCCAGAAAAAUCCAGUUCACUGUACCACUUCUGGAGCCACAUCUGGACCCAGAGGCAGCUGAGCAGAUACGCAGACGUAGACCUACACCUGCCACACUUGUCCUGAGCAGUGACCAGUCUUCACCAGAAAUAGAUGAAGAACGGAGUCCUAAUCCAUUUCAAAAGUCUACUUUAUCUAUGUCCCCACAUCAGAGGAAAAAAGUGUCACGCACAACACCCACCAUGAAAGAACUCCAGUUAUUAGCGGAACAUCACUUGUGCAAACAGGGCUCAGAAGAUGAAGGUACCCCACAGAGUAAGAGCAGUACGGAGAAUAGACCGAACUUGGGGUGUUGUUGCCAUGGAAACACGGCUCCCAUUCAGACAUCUCAGCAGACCAGCUCAUGUAGCUGUUUUACACCAGAUGGACAAAUGGAAAAGAACUCCAUGGGGAGGAAGCAGGACGGACAGCCAGACUCCUCGCAAGGGCUGUGCGGUAGGCAAACAAACACAGAUGUCAAGGAAACAAAGGAGAAAGGAAAACAGAGCAGCCACUUACCGAUUGUUCAAGAUAAAUAGGUCUGUAAACAUCAAGAAGAUGGAAGAUAAAUUUGCCUGGAGCCAGGAAUGGAACCCCUCAUUGUGGGUGGAACAAGACACAUAAAGGAUCCAGAGCGCCUUUCUUUGGAAAUGAUAUUUCUGUCACCUCUCUGCUGCUUGGGAGGCCUAAUACUGCACUGUGUCUAGAGCAAUAAAUUGGAGGCCCCUCUAGAAGCAAAGAAACCCAGCACCCAGCAUUGUGUCCAAUAGAUAACCUCUGUCUGUCGUAACCUGUCACCUCUUUUGGAAGUCUGAAGGGUGCUAGGCCAAGUACUUGACCAAGAAUGAAUCAUUUGGAAUAGGUACCAUUAUGUUGGUUAAGGAUCUUCAGGAGUGUGCUCCAUCAAUAUCUAAGACCUGAGGAAAGGCUCCUACCAGCAGGUAUUGGGGACGCCAAAAUCUGAGAAUUUUACUUGCUAGGAGGCACCUUGGCCGUGACAGAUCAGCUGUGAUCUGUGUAUUGUUUAAGGUGUCCAGUAUGAGGAUUGGCCAGAACUAGCUGGCAGGUAAUAUUGUCUGAAGAGGGAGUUCCACUUUAAUGCUAUUUAGUUAUUGAAUAGACCCCCACAAUGUUAUGAAUACAGACAGUUCUCACCCAUACACUCAACCCACCUCCCUGUUGGGGUUUUCUAUAUAAUAUACAUUAUCGGAGCACCGGCUUAGAUUUUUCCUCUUUUUGUCAUAUUCCUUGUGUGAUAAAGCAAAUUUAUUCAUGUUAAUAUGUUAAAAAAAAUAAAAAUACCUUGAACUGGU